AGAGCGCGCGAGUUGUAACAUCGAACUCCAGGGGAAGGUCGCAAAAGAAUUGACGCUUCUCCACAGCUCGCAGCCUCAGGCUAAGGUACAGUUCCUUUAAUCAGGACUUCAAAGAAGCCCUCGACAGCAAUACAGCAAGUUUUCGGGACCACACUCACCGGGAAAAUGUGUAGAACGACAUUGUUGGUAACUGCGUUGCUCAUGGCCUGUCUUCGCACCACGAUGUCUUCCAGGAACAACCUUUCCUUAUCGGCGGAUAAGACGCAGGAAGGAGUAGGUUGUGAGUGGGCGACUUUCGAACAGAGACGCAAAGUAUGUGAGCAAACUUUUUCAGGAGGGAAUGCACCUGUGAAAGUGACGUGUAGCGAUGGUCAAGAAUACGUCGCCUGCGUGAAUACAGCCAUGCGUCAAUCCAGGUGUAUCACGAACAGCAGCGUCAGGGAAAGCGAGUAUGAACGCAUUAUGGGCAAUAUGCGACGCAGAAAUCUCACUUGCGCCUUCUCUCAAGCUCCAGAAAUCAUGCGACAGGAUUUGGGGUGUCAGAAAUCUGUCGCAGUGAAGAAGCUGUUCGCGUGUUCUGCAGUCUUUCGCAGUCGAAUGAUGUCACAAGUGUCUGCAGAUUCUGGAAAAAACACUAUUUGCAGACUCGUGAACAAUUACAAAGAGUGCGUUCACUCUGGGCUGAAGCACACGAACUGCAUCGGCGACAAGCAUUUCUCUGAUGAUCUAUUGUACUUCAUGGGGAACGAAGUUGCAUCCUACGCAACCAUGUGUAGACUUGUAGGGGCUCAAGAAAUGAGAUUGCAGAAAGCCUUCUCUCGAGGGGACAAAUUGUGCAAUCAAGCGACGGCCACCGAGACGUAUCUCACUUGUGGAAAGCAGUUCCUGGACAGUGUUCCGGUUCACGUGCUCCAUGCGCAGCCUCAGCAGGGAAGUGAGCUUUCAGAGCAAAGCAGAAUGGCCGCCCCCUCAGGUGCAGGAGAAGUCAAUAUCAAACAAGAACACGAGGACAUGGGCAUCUGCAUGGGUCUCAGGACCUGGCUCGCAUGCUACCACGAAGGUUUCACAAAGUCUAACUGCAAGGAAGGCACAGAACUUCAUCGACGGUCCAAAGUUAUACACAAGGCCUUGGUUGCAGAAUUCGGCUGCUCAGACGUUCGACCAGCUCCUACAGAAAUGGAAGAACAGUCCCUGUGCCAAGAAAGGAGGAUGCUCAAUGAUUUCUUCAUCUGCGCUAUGAAUUACCACGUCAGCAGAAAGCUCAUUGAGAACGAAGCCAACCCUGAUGCUUUAUGCCAGACAACUGGGAAACUCGAAAAGUGCGUGACAAAAUCAAUGAAAAAUACUGGCUGCCUCCACGAAGAAAGUCGCAUCAUGCACCAUUUAAAGUACAUCACAGAUUUGAUCACUGAGCCUUCGUCUGCUUGCACUCAGGGUCAAGCUACACUAUCGCAGCAGUCCUUCCUUUCCAACGAUACAAAGUGCUGGAAAAAUGAUCUCUUUAAGCGGUAUUUUGAAUGCGGCUUCACAUUCCAGAAAGGGUUGGAAUUCGACGACAUCCCUUCUUUCAGAAGUGACGGUGAUAGGAGGUGCAUGAUGGUAGCAGAUUACAACGCUUGCUAUCACAAAGCAGUGGGGGAAGCUGGCUGUCUUUCCAAGUCUUCUCUUACGGACACCAUGGAGUAUAUCAUGGAGCUAGGGACCAAAGACGCAGGCUACAAGUGCCUCAAACAGCCAGUCACAUACAACUCUGGUCUUAUCAAUGUCAAAUGUGCCAAGUCUGUUGCCGUAAAGAACGUGUUCCUCUGUGCGAUCACUUUUGAACAGAUUGUUGAUGACCUGAGGGCAAAACGCCAAGAUUCUGCCGAGAACAUGUGCAAGUACUUGGAAGAGAUGAGCACUUGCGUGACUGUCGUGAAGCGAAGCACAGGAUGUGACCGAGACAGUGAAAUCUUUCAUCAUGUGACGCCCGUCCUUCAUUCGCUAACUCACGAUUACGAAAAAAGAUGCACCAACAAUUCAAGCCCUUUCCGAAUGUCUUUUGUUCAGUUGAAGUCACCUGUUGAGUGUAUUCGACAGCACGUUUUGAAAAAGAUGUUCGUCUGUGGCCUGACAUACAGUAAUCUUGUCGACGAGAUCGAACCUCGAGUCGAAAGCAGAAGUCAAGUGAAAUGCAAAUUGCUAUUGGACUACAAAAGUUGUAUCCAGAACGUAUCAGGUGGCACUGGCUGCGAGGAAGAUCCAGAGGUGCGAGCGCAGAUAAUGUCGUUCAUGGACAUGAUGCGUGAUGAGUACAGGUCAAGUUGCAUGGACGACGCCUUGCAGUGGGAUUCGCAGCAAUCCCCUCUGUUUCGAGAGCUCCAAGACGACCAGAGCAGCACGUCAGCAUCGAAAGAGAGUCCGUUCCAAAAGGGAGCCGUCCCGGGACUGAAGAGUGUACAAGCUGGAAAUAGAAACAACGUGGAUAUCGAUGUUGACACUUUCCUGGAUCAUGCUGCAAUGGAUGGAACGCAAGUGGCUAACCCCAACAGGAAACGUGGGGUGCAGAUCGCCAAAGAGUACCUCGAUGAUUCCUCCGUUGGAUUGUCGUCUUAUGCUUCGGGACUGGACUAUAAGGACGAUGACGAUGUUCUACCGAGAUCUCUAAAUAAAAGGAACAAAUUGCGUGAGAACAUCCUCAGCCGCAGAGGAGACCCCAGUCUUUGGGUGAACAGCAGACGGGCUAUCAAAAUCCUCGACGAUGAAGAGCAAGGUGACGACAGACGGACGAGGGGAAGAGACAGUGGCAAGUUUUCCUUGGGCGAGAGACUCAGGGCAAAGAAGGCGCAGGAUUACGAGGACGACGACUACGAUAUCCUCUCUGACAAAGAAAUGCGUGUCUCUGGAGAAGAGUGCCAAAUGAAACGCCUUAGAAAGCAGUCUCAAAUAUGCGACAAGACUUUCUCACAAAAUAUUCAAUCAGUUACGGGAAGAAAUUCUGCACGUUUGCUCGAGAGUGUUCCACCUGCAAAAGAAAUCCAGGGAAAGCUAUGCCUAUCCCUGAAGGCAUAUCGUUCGUGCCUGUUGGAAACUGCAAAUCGACUGAACUGUGGGGAAAUUGCAGGAAAAGUUUCUGUCGUGGUUGAAGAUCAGAUGAAGAAACUUGGAAUGGCGUUCUGCACAGGCUGUCGACCACAAUUUCGAAACUUUUUCCAGCUGGCUGUUGCUGCCGUGCUAUUUCAAUACAUUUUGACAUAAGAUACGUAAGCUUACGCGUGUAAUAUUAAGCGUCAGCUCAUAUACGGUUGAAAAUUUGCGAUACCUAAAUUGUGUAACUUACGAGCUUAUCAGUACGUGUGCUUCAGAUGUGACGUGCAGUCAUCAGGUUUUGGACAGCUGUUGUUUUCAACGACGAGCUGUUCGGCCAGUCCAAAUGCCCCUGUUGCUGCGAUUCCCCCUCAAAAUAAUGACGAUAGACAAGGUUUUGCCAGAAUUUUUUGCCAGGACGUUUUCUAAUGAAGACUGAAUGAGGAUGAUAAUAAUAAUAAUAUUUAUUUUUUA